AUGUCUUCUACGGUGAACAAGACCGCCCACGCCUUCGACAAGGUCCGCCUCGACGCUCUGCUGAACCGUAGGUUUUUCUAUGCACCAGCGUUCGAGAUCUACGGAGGCGUUGCUGGCUUGUAUGACUAUGGCCCCCCUGGUUCGUCGCUUCAAGCCAACCUUAUCGCGGAAUGGCGGAAGCACUUCAUCAUUGAGGAGCACAUGCUGGAACUCGACACCACAAUCAUGACCCCCGCCCCUGUUUUUGAGACAUCGGGCCACGUCGCGCGGUUCGCUGACUGGAUGGUCAAGGACACGAAGACUGGCGAUGUGUUGCGCGCUGAUCAUCUUGUGAAAAACGUCCUGGAGGCUCGUCUGGCUGGAGACAAGGAAGCGCGCGGGCUCGCGGCCGCACCGGUAACGGACGAUAAAAAGAAAAAGAAGAAGGGAGCAAAGGCUGCAGCGGUCCAGUUGUCUGACGAAGUUGUGAAAGAAUAUGAGACGAUCUUGGCCCAGCUUGAUAACUUCUCAGGCCCCGAACUAGGCGAGCUUUGCCGCAAGCACAAGUUGACGAAUCCAGACACUGGCAACGAAGUCGGCGAACCUCAGCAGUUCAAUCUUAUGUUUUUGAGCAGUAUCGGUCCGACCGGCCAACACCCAGGUUACCUUCGUCCGGAGACUGCCCAAGGCCACUUCCUCAACUUCUCGCGUCUGUUAGAAUUCAAUAACGGCAAAGUACCUUUUGCCUCUGCUCAAAUCGGUCGUUCAUUCCGUAAUGAAAUCUCACCGAGAGCUGGUCUCCUGCGCGUUCGAGAAUUUACCAUGGCUGAGAUCGAGCACUAUGUUGAUCCAGAGGAUAAACGACACGAGCGAUUUCACGAAGUCCGCGACGUCGUGCUCGUUCUUCUCGAUCGACACGUUCAAGAGGCUGGUAGCAGCACCACUUCGAGGCUGACAGUUGGUGAAGCAGUGGAAAAGGGUGUCAUCGCAAAUGAGACACUAGGAUACUUCAUUGCUAGGAUAUACCUCUUCCUACUUAAGAUCGGCAUCAAUCCAGAGCGACUUCGUUUCAGGCAACACAUGGGGAAUGAGAUGGCUCAUUAUGCUACGGACUGCUGGGACGCCGAGAUCCACAACGCGACUGGUUGGACUGAGUGUGUUGGAUGUGCAGAUCGUGCAGCGUACGAUCUCUCCGUGCACUCGGCGAAAACUGGGCAUCCGUUGGUUGUCCGACAAGCUCUCAAGGAACCCAUCCUCACGGAGAAAGAGGUCUCAGAAUGGAACAAGAAGAACUUAGGUAAGACUUUCAAACAAGACGCGGCCCUCAUUCAAUCCCUUGUGGAAUCCAUGGACGAGCCUGAAUUGCUCAGAAUUAAAGGGGAACUCGCACAGGGCGCUGCUAUUAUCAAAUCCGAGGAUGGCAGGGAGUUCCAAUUAACUCCUGACGUUUUGACCGUCGAACGGAAAACAUUGAAGCAAUCAAUACGUGAAUAUACACCCAACGUCAUCGAACCGUCGUUUGGGCUCGGUCGUAUAUUGUACACCUUGCUCGAGCACAGCUUUUGGAGUCGGGAGCAAGAUGUCGAACGAGGUGUUCUGUCACUCCCGCCCCUUGUGGCCCCUACGAAAGUUCUCAUCGUACCCUUGAGCGCCCGGGACGAGUUCAACCCAUUGGUGCAAGAAGUUUCUUCCAAACUGCGCAAAGCAGGCGUCUUCUCUCGCGUAGAUGACUCGAAUACAUCGAUUGGGAAGCGCUAUGCUCGUAAUGAUGAACUUGGUACACCGUUCGGUGUAACCCUCGACUUUGCUUCUGUCCAAAAUCGGACGAUGACGCUCCGGGAACGCGACACUAUGGAUCAACGCAUUGGUUCUAUCGACGACGUGAUUGCAACCGUCACCGAGUUGGUGUUUGGCAAUAUUGACUGGGCUGAGGCUUGCACUCGCUUGCCAGCGUACGAUGGCGUCCAAGCUAUCGAUUAGACCGUUAAACAUUUAGACAUCAGAGAGGACAAGCGUUUGAAAUAUUGACGUGCAUGUAUGAUUACUGCUAAUGGUAAUACCAGAAGAACACAAAC